AUGAUCAGUAGAACAAGAGACACAAAUCAGAAUCAAAUUUCUUCCUCUGUCGACGGAUUAAAUUGGCGAACAACCAAACAAGUUCAAUCUCAAUUGUAUCCUUCCAUUGUGAUGUCUAAUUUUCCACCAUCAUCUUCUUUCGAACCGAGGUUUCCUCUUCCACAGUUUUCUUACACGCUUGUGUUUGAAUUUUCACGAAUCAAACGUAUGACCAAUGAUAUUGCAUUGAUAUUGUGUUCAAUGAGAUCAUCUACAAAUGUUGAAAUCCAGGAUGGGAGAGGUGGUUACAAGUUAAGGAAACGCCAUGGAUGGGAGAGGUGGUUAAUCCCACGAGAAGGCUUCAUAUACCAUUAG